AUGAUCAACAAAAGACGCCGCCGUAGGCUUAAGGCUUCAGUCUCAGCCCCCACCGAAAGUCAGCUCAAUGCUUUCGCCUCAGCCUCCGCCGAAGGUCAGCUCGACUCUUCUGCCUCAGCUCCUGCCUCCGCUGUAGGUCGGCGUGAUGCCUCAGCUCCUGCCUCAGCUGUGGGUCAGUCCGACGCCUCAGGUCUUGCCUCCGCUGUGGGUUGGCCCAAUGCCUCAGCUCCUGCUGAGCAGUUACCACCAGUUACACUCCUGGCUCAGACAUCAUCCACCUCGUCAUCUACACUCCUGGCUCAGUCAUCAGCAUACUCCUCGUCAUCUACACUCCUGGCUCAAUCAUCAUCAUCCUCAUCAUCAUCUUCACCAUCUACACUCCUGGCUCAGUCAUCAUCAUCCUCAUCAUCAUCUUCAUCAUCUACACUCCUUGUUCAGACAUCAUCAUUAUCUUCAUCACCUCCAGUCUCCACCAAAGGUUGGCCAGUUGUUCCUGUUCCCACAUUCCGAGAGGGGUUAGAGAGUGAAUUGCCUCCAGUUCCUGUUCCCAAUUUUCGAGAGGGGUUCGAGGUUGAACCGCCUCCAUCUCUAGGGCCUCAACAGUCUUGCUGCAGAUCUCCAUGGCUCCGCCGCAGAUUUUCAGGGCUCCGCCGCAGAUCCUUGGGGCUCCGCCACAGAUCUCCUGGCCUCCGCCGCAGCUCUGCAGAGUUCCAGCGGUUUCUGCACCGCUCUCCAAAUUUUCAGUGGAAGCUGCACCGCUCCCCAAGUUGCCAGUCGGUUAUCAAGCCUGACCUCAAGCCUCCAGAGUUCCAACUUGGCCCCAAGCCUCCACAGCUGCUCUGA